ACGCGUCCGCGAUCGAGCGCUUUCACUGAGGCGGCGAUGAUGUCCUGUCGCCGCGUGAUGACGUCGGCCGGCUCCCUGCAUUGUUUUGAGUCGGAAUAUUUUUCUUCUGUAAAAUUCCUGAAAAAAACGCGCGAAAAACACAUUAAAGACGCAAUUUUUCACCCGAUUCCAGCCUCAGCUCAAACUACAGGUGAGAGGUAAUGGAGGAGCAGAGUGGGUCACCAGGGGCCAACACAGACAACAGCAGCCAGCGUAACGGAGAGGAGAAACCUCGCAGGAGCAGCUGGACCAAAGGCAGGAGGAGGAAGAAGCCCCUGAAGGACAGUAAUGCCCCCAAAGCCCCGUUAACAGGAUACGUGCGCUUCAUGAACGAGCGCCGCGAGCAGCUGAGGGCGGAGAGACCAGACGUGCCUUUCCCAGAGAUCACCAGGAUGCUCGGGAAUGAGUGGAGCAAACUGCCUCCAGAAGAGAAACAGCGGUAUCUGGAUGAAGCGGACAAAGACAAGGAGCGCUACAUGAGAGAACUGGAGCAGUAUCAGAAGACUGAAGCCUAUAAACACUUCAGCAGGAAGGUGCAAGAGAAACAGAAAGGAAAGAGACACAGAGGAGAUGCUGGAAGGCAGGCGCCUGGUGAAUCGCUUCAUGAGAAGGAUCUGGGGAUAAAGGACCGCUCCGUGUUUGAUAUUCCCAUCUUCACUGAAGAGUUUCUGAAUCACAGUAAAGCGCGUGAGGCUGAACUGCGGCAGCUGAGAAAGACCAAUAUGGAGUAUGAGGAGCGUAACGCGGCGCUGCAGAAGCAUGUGGAGAGCAUGCGCUCGGCUGUGGAGCGUCUGGAAGGAGACGUGCAGCAGGAACGAACACGAAACGGCCUCCUGCAGCAGCACCUGGACACCCUGCGCUCGGCCCUCACACACAGCUUCUCUACCGUCCCCCUGCCCGGCAGCGGCGAGACUCCCACACUUGAUUCCAUCGACUCUUACAUGAAGAAGCUUCACGGCAUCAUUCUGUCCAGCCCACAGGAGAACCAGCACCUGAUCAGCACCGUCAGGGAUGUGGUCAACCGCCUCGACAGGUAGCUUCAACCACACUACUCCUGCUUUCUGUCUGGAUAAUAACCAGAGUGUGAUAAUGCACUGCUCUGAUUCGCCUGCAGGUAAUUGAGAGGCCCCGCCCCUCGCGCAGUAGCCCCUCCUCCUUUCCUGCUAUGACCACAUUUUGUGGCAAGCAAAUAUUCAAUUGCUCCCUGUUAUUUAUUUUUUUACAAUAUCGUUUUUAUCUGCUCAUUUUUUAUUUUAUUUUUUUAUUUAGCAAUUCACAUUUGCCAUGCAUUCCUGACACUUUAUAAAAUUUACACAAAAAAAAAAAACAUUAUUUUAGCAAAGGUGUGGUUUCAUCUGCAUGUGUACAUGUUAUUUUGUUUUUAAGCUCAAUUUUAUACUUGUAAUUUCUUUCUUGUUACGUAAGAAAGUGAAAUGUUGUAUUCGUGAGACGAGAGUAGCUUGUGUCUUGGUGCUGGAGUUUCUGAAUUCCCUGUAUGUUCGCCACAUUUGAAGAAUUCAAUAAAGCUAAUGUAUGAAGAUA